CGAAAAACCUAAACCCAACUUGUCCAGUCUCGAUCUGUAACUGAAGAACUUCUCAGAGAAAGAGACUGCUUUUACAUACAAAUCGAAUCAGCUAUGAGUAUCUGGAUGAUCUGCAAAGAGGUGUACCAUAAGGCUCCUGGUAUGCUUUUUGUUUCAGGGUUCCUGAAGAAAAUUAUUCACCACUUUCUUGGACUGCUCCGAGUGUUUCGAGGAGAACAAGAUACAGCCGCCAGCGCAAGUGGUCAGCACCAGAAGCAGGCUCAGCCGGCGAAGCUUCAUGAUCCUCGACCGGGAGAACUCGAGGAGAUUCUCAUCGCUACUGUGCAAACAGGUAGCAAGGUAGAAGAACGAGACCCUUCUGAUGACAGGCAUUGUAGGAUUUGCGAUACAAGUGGUGAUCAUAGUACUGAAACGUGCCCCGAAAGAUCCAAGGCAUAUGUAGUGCUUUGUGGGAUUUGUGAUGAUGGCCCAUGCCAAAAUGAGGCUGACCACAAGGAAGAACAUUACGAAGAACUCCUUUUUUGUUAUAUUUGUAACAAGACCAUCUAUACACUGCAUUGGAUCAUCAAGGAAUCACAACUUUCAGGGAUGAUCCUGAACUUCACAAAGGGGCCGGAAGCUAUUUCUCCAGCACUUUUUGCUGCAAUUGAAGAAUCAAGAUUUGCUCUCAUUGUUCUCUCACAAAAUUAUGCAUCGUCAACAUGGUGCUUGGAUGAAUUUGUAAGAAUUCUUGAAUGCAUGAAAGCAAGAGAAACGGUGCUGUCAAUUUUCUAUGAUGUUGAUCCUUCUGAUGUACGAAAGCAAACAGGGAGUUUUGGAGAAGCCUUUGCUAAAAGUGCGAAGGUGGAGAUGUGCUUUAACUGAAGUGGCAACUUUCUCUGGGUGGAAUUCAAAGGAAUGAUUUAUUCUUCUGCCCUACGGGCCGGGCGGGAUUAGGGCCGAAUGGCUAAAUGAUGAGGCCUAAGUUGGUCUAUCCUAUGUAUCACUGUGGCUCCUCCACGAAUUCUUGUCUGGCCAUUGUUAUGUGUCAGCGGAUGGGUAUGUAAUGGUCUUCUUAGCAUGAGAUAUUAUUAUCAAUAGAAUUCCAUUAUUUAAAAAAAAAAAAUAGCCGAAACCCUGUUUUGAUUCAAGUCUCAAAGUUUUCGGCCCCAAGUUCAGGAGCUUGGUGCUUGGAAUCUACCACGUUUUUCACACAGUGACUGACUCAAAUGCAUUGUCUCCAAUUUGUGUUUCUAUUUGAUAUAAUUUAUAUAUAUGUCUUA